AUGUCCGCACCUCUCCCACCAUCAGGAUCGUACAUCUCUUCGGUCCGCGAAUCAUGUCGCGCUCUCCGCACCGCAUCAGGCAUAUCGAUACCCCCCAACCAAAUCGAAGCACUGUUGCGUGCCCCAGCUCUAGUCGAUACGUUUUCCCGACUCGCAUCCAUCCAUGGAAUCUCCUUCCCACUCUCCUUCCCAUCUCUCAAAUCCGAGCUCAACUUUCUUGCCACUCUUGCCUUGUUGAAUUUUGCGUCUGGGUACCGAGAAGCCUUGCACAAAGCCACUGGUCGAGGGGCGUAUGAUAAUAUUCGACUGCUCGUUAUGGGGAUGUACAUUGACUCUUCGGAUUCGCUCAUGUCCGCCCGAGGAUGGACCGAAUUGUCAGACGGGCAGAUUGCGCAGCUGUUGAAUGUGUCGAUUCAUGAAGAACGGGCGCACGAGACGAUACCUGGUCUAGUCGUUGCGGAGCGAGGAGGACAACUGAGUGAGCUCGUAGGGUUGAUCACGAGGACGUUGAAAGAGGCUGGAGAGGUGCUCGUCAAGGGUGGAUAUAGCGAUUUGGGCGCGUUUGUGGUUGAGGGACUGGAAGUUGCCAAGGGAAGCGCGGAGGUGCUUGUUGAGAGGCUGGUCAAGGCGAUUCCGGGGUUUAGGGAUAUGGGUGUUGUGGAUGGACAGCCGGUGUAUUUGUUCAAAAAGGCUUUAUUCCUUGUGCAUGCUAUUACCCUUCGGUUCCAAGGAACGAGUGGGAUAGUUGUCCCGGAUACAAGUAAUUUGCCCGUCUUUUCGGAUAACGUCUUGCCCUCUAUGCUUGUCCAUCUCGGAAUCCUAGAUCUUUCUAGCGGACCUGCCCCCUUGAAAGAAGCAUUCCCGGACGCAAACAAUCCAGACAAAAUUACUAAACUCUACGAGGCUGCCAUACCAAGCGAAGCCAAACGAGGUUCUCCAACUCGUAAAAGCCCACUGCUCGACGCACGAAACGCAUACAUCCUUCGUGCGGCCGCUGUAGAUGCAUGCGAAGAGAUAGUGAGGGUCGCGAGACAAGGCGAGGAAGAAUGGGGGAAGAACAUGACGCUGCCUGAAUUGGAUGGGUGGUUGUGGAGUGUUGCAAAGGACCGAACGGAUUAUAGGGAUUUGCCGAGGUUUGCAGAAAGGGGAACUGUGUGGUAUUAG